GGGGCUUGUCAGUGUCGUUCUCUUCCUGCUUCUCUGCCCUGGUUUCGCCUCAUCAGCUGCAUCAGCUUUUCAUACGACGAAAGACACAAUGUCACACCAAACGGGCAUUCAAGCGGGGAAUGAUGUGAAGGAUGUCUUUGCCAGUGCCAAGAGCGGAGAUCAGUAUCGAGCCUUAAAGAUCGUCAUUGAAGAUGAGCAGCUGACUCUGGGCGCCACCAGGAAAGCAUCAAAGAAAUGGGACCAGGAGUAUGAUUCCUUAGUGCUGCCCCUCCUCGAGGAUGACGUGCCCUGCUAUAUUCUGUACCGGCUGGACUCCACUAACAACCAAGGCUAUGAGUGGAUCUUCCUGGCCUGGUCACCGGACCACUCUACUGUGCGACAUAAAAUGUUAUAUGCUGCUACCAGAGCAACACUGAAGAAAGAGUUUGGAGGCGGGCACAUCAAGGAUGAAAUUUUCGCUACCGCAAAGGACGAUUUGAACCUCAGCGGUUACAGGAAAUAUCUGACCUCGCAGGCUGCUCCUUUGCCCCUCACUGCUGCAGAGGAGGAACUGAGACAGAUCAAACUAAAUGAGGUGCAGACUGACAUAAGCGUGGACACCAAGCAGCAGACACUGCAGGGAGUGGCUUUCCCUCUUCACAAAGACGCUGUCGAAGCACUUGAAUUUUUUAGGGACAAGAAACUCAACUAUGUGCAGCUGCACGUAGAUCAAGAACAAGAGCUGAUUCGACUGUGCAACACUGAGCCAACAGAGGUGAAAGACCUGCCAGUAAGAAUCCCCAAAGAUUCUGCACGUUACCACUUCUUCCUCUACAAACAUUCCCACGAGGGUGACUACUUGGAGUCUACAGUCUUCAUUUAUUCUAUGCCAGGGUACAACUGUACCAUUCGAGAGAGGAUGCUGUACUCCAGCUGCAAAAAUCCCCUGGUUGACAUGGUGGAAAACAAGCUCCAGAUUGAGAUUGUGAAAAAGUUGGAAAUUGACAAUGGGGAUGAACUGACCAGUGAUUUCCUGUAUGAGGAGGUGCAUCCCAAGCAGCAUGCACACAAGCAGGCCUUUGCCAAGCCCAAAGGCCCUGCUGGUAAGAGGGGUGGCCGCCGCAUCACCAGACCACCCGCAGAGGGAGAGGAGGAAGAUUAAGCAGACCUCAGCACUCGACCGCCACCUCCAUGCCGUGCACGUUCCACAGUGGAACAUUCCCGCGAUGGGGGGAAAUCAUAUUUGAUACACUUGUUUAAAAGAAUAAGACGACAACCUCAAAUUCCCACAGAGUUCACCCAGAGACCCAACUAUGCACGCCAAGGACAACUGAGCAAUGACACACUUCAGAAUUUCCAUUUGUAGCUUGCCAAAUGGAAGCGUAUUUAUGUAUGUUAGUAUAUUCACAAAAGAUACUUGACAGUGAGUCAAAGAGGCCCAAAGUCGAAGAUGAGGUUUUUCCAGUGUUGCCAGCUCUCAGACUUGCUAGUGCGACUAAUGUGAACUUGCGCCAAUAUGAUGUAAAAUUCCCCCAUUUUUGAGUUCACAUGCUCGAAUUCUUAACUUGCAUUCCUUAAGUCCGUGUCAAUUAAUGUUUCUGUGUCUAAUGUGUUCAACAUUUGUCUCCAACUGUUUGCACAAUGAGGUGCUCCAAAGCAGAAAAGAUUCUAAUUAUCCCACUUGUGUCUAUUGAUUCAUUUUAACAGUGCAUUUUAUAUUGGAAAAUUGACUUCUUUUUUGAUAUAACUGUGGUUUACAUGAAAAAUCAUCUGCUGAGAAACUUAUUUUUCUAUGCAAGUGCUGUAAAUGUACAUAUUGUAGCUGUGUGAUGCUCUAUGAUUAAGAAACAGUCUGGUGAUUGUCUGUGUCGGUGAGGAUCACAGUGGAAAGUAUUGGGGCUUCCAGAAAUAUUACAUCAAUACAUCUCAGAUUUCACAAGAGGAAGCUACUCAAACCUUGCUGGCUCCCAUAUAGGAGGGAAUGCUAAGCUACCGGAUAGGAAAGGGAAUCCUAUAAGUACCUUGAUCAAAGUGUUGCCACAUCCACUGGUCUACUGAUUAAUAUUAGGCAAACUACUAAGUUCACCUCAUGUUUGAAGGGAAGUUCCCUUUAUCUUCAUACAGUGUCAUUAUAAUAGAAGAAAAUCAUGUUUGGUCUUAUUUGUUUUCUUACAAAUCUUUCUUUUAAGAAGAAAAAUAAAAUAUUUAAAUCACA